UCCAAGGAGACGUUAGGCCCGUUCCCCUUCCCGCUCCCGCAUGUUUACAACUGUCCCCUGCCGCGGUUCACGACACUUUCAAUGUACAGCGGUGCAUUGUCAGUAUUGUCAGCUGACACUUCCUUUUUAGUGUCGCGUUGCACACAAUACUAAGCAGACUUUUGUUGUUACUCAGUAAUUUUUCCACGAUGUCUAAAAAAACUACCACCAAGAAGUCUCCACCAUCCUUAUCUUGUGACUCAGAAGUGGUGGAGUGUGUCAUUUCUUCUCCUAUUGGUAACAUUGGGGUGACUAUGUGUGAGGAAGGCUUGCACUCUGUUGGCUUGAAAGGAGACAUUUCUGAUGAAAAUUUUGUUCCAAAUGAAAGGGAGGUUGUUGAGUUGGUGGGCAAAGAUCUUGGAACAAAGGUGCUCAAAGAUUGCCUUUAUUGGUUUCAAGUUUACUUCAAAGAUCCAAGUUUGAUGUCCACCGUACCCCGACCCAAUAUAUGUUGCCUUGGGAAACGUGGUCCUGGCUUCCGUGCUCGUGUUUGGCAAACCCUCGCUGACACAGUGGGUCCUGGUGAGAUCAUUACAUAUGGUGCUUUAUCUUCAAGGCUUGGAAAUCCAGGGGCUGCGAGAGCUGUUGGGUCAGCAAUGCGCAACAAUCCUAUUGGGUUCAUUGUUCCAUGCCACAGAGUGGUUCGCUCUGGUGGCUUGGGCUUGUACUUUGGUGGAAAGCGGCAGACUGUAAAAAAAUGGCUGCUGAGACAUGAAGGGGUCAAUAAAUUUUGAGUUCUGAGACUAAUCAUGUUCAAAUAUAAGAUUGAGGCUUUGUGAUAAGGUAAAUGGAUAAAAGAAUAGUUAAGUUUCUUGAAAGUGGUAUAGUAGUAAGAGUUUUGUAAUUCAUUACCUUGUACCUGAAUAUCAUGAAUUAGACUUUGAAAAUGGCAGUGUUAUUGAUUAACACUGAACCCCACAUUAGCAGCUAAAUGAAUGGCCUUAUUACACAUUCCUCAUAAAAAAGUAAUUUAGGUUCAUUAUAUAUCCAUAUAGUGGCUUAUGAGAGCAGUAUUACUUUAAAUGUUCACUCACUAUGGUUUAUUUUUUAUUUUUUUAUUUUUUAUUUUUUUUUGUCAUCUCAGGUUUAAUAUAUUGUUUCAUCCAAAUUAAGAGCUAUAUGGUCAUUGUUAAAUAUCAUAGGUGAAAAACAUUUUCCCUUUUAAUGUCAUCACUUAACUUUUUACACUAGAAAGGGAACUUUGACUCCUCUUUACUUUUUAUAACACACCUUAGUAAAUUAGAAGUUAAGAAAUGCCAUAAUAUACUUCUGUAAAGCUUUUUUAAAGCAAACAUCCAGGGUGCAUUUAUAUUUGUCAUGUAUGUUGUGGUACUUUUAUAUGAUGAAAGUAACUCAAUUUGCUGCAUAGGCAUUGUAAGGGAAGGGGUCUUGGGUUUUGUCAUGUAAAACAAAGAUAGCAAAAUCAAGAAAAAUGAUUGGUUUGAUUACUACUUUCUCUCACUUGUAUGUAAUGCAACCAGCUUUUGCACUAAUAUGGUAUAUCUCUGGCAGAAAUUGGGGUGGAAAUUCCAUCCCUCUCUUGAUUCUCCCUUACCUGCCUACAGCCAAGCUGAAUCAAGCAGAUUGUCUUAUCAAAUAAAAAGGACUAAUUUUAGAA